AUGGCCGGCCUGCCGCACAUCCCGGGCCCCGAAAACCUGCGCCCCUUCACCCCCGCCUCGCUGGCUGCCAUCGAGCAGCGCAUCGCUGAGGCAGAGGCGCUCAAGGUAAAGCGGCAGCAGGUGGAGCUGCCCGAGGAAGAGGAGCUCAAACCCAGCAGCAGCCUGGAAGCCGGCAAGAACCUGCCCCUUAUCUAUGGCGAUCCACCGCCGGAGCUCAUCGGGACGCCCUUGGAGGACCUGGACCCUUUCUAUAAGGAUAAGAAGACGUUCAUAGUCCUCAACAAAGGGAAGUCCAUCUUCCGCUUCUCAGCAACCCCUGCCCUCUACCUGCUGGGGCCCUUCCACCCCAUCCGCAGAGGAGCCAUCAAAGUGCUCAUCCAUUCAUUAUUCAGCAUGUUGAUCAUGAUCACGAUCUUAACCAACUGCGUGUUUAUGACGAUGAGCAACCCCCCGGCGUGGUCCAAGAACGUGGAAUACACCUUCACUGGGAUAUACACCUUCGAGUCCCUCAUCAAGAUACUGUCGAGAGGCUUCUGCAUCGACAGCUUCACAUUCCUGCGCGACCCCUGGAACUGGCUGGACUUCAUGGUCAUCUCCAUGGCCUACAUCACCGAGUUCGUGGACCUGGGGAACAUCUCCGCUCUCAGGACCUUCCGCGUCCUCCGCGCCUUGAAAACCAUCACGGUGAUACCAGGGCUGAAGACGAUCGUUGGGGCUCUGAUCCAGUCGGUGAAGAAGCUCUCGGAUGUGAUGAUCCUCACCGUCUUCUGCCUGAGCGUGUUCGCCCUCGUCGGUCUCCAGCUCUUCAUGGGAAACCUGCGGCAGAAGUGCGUGCGGUGGCCGCCCCUCAAUGACACCCUGCUGGGGGACUUCGGGCUCGACAACGACACGUUGGCCAACGCAACGCUGGACGGCAACUUCACCGACGGCUUCGCCAGCAACUUCACCAGCAACUUCACCAGCAACAGCACCUUUGAUUUCGAGGCCUACAUCAACGAUGAAGCCAAUUUCUACUUUCUGGAGGGAGCGCUCGACGCCCUGCUCUGUGGGAACAGCAGCGAUGCUGGGAAGUGCCCUGAAGGGUACGAGUGCAUGAAGGCGGGGAGGAACCCGAACUACGGCUACACCAGCUACGACACCUUCAGCUGGGCUUUCCUGGCCCUCUUCCGUCUCAUGACGCAGGACUUCUGGGAGAACCUCUUCCAGCUGACGCUGCGUGCAGCGGGGAAAACGUACAUGAUCUUCUUCGUGAUCGUUAUAUUUCUUGGCUCCUUCUACCUCAUCAACCUCAUCCUCGCCGUGGUGGCCAUGGCCUACGCAGAGCAGAACGAUGCCACGAUGCUGGAGGAGCAGCAGAAGGAGGAGGAGUUUCAGGAGCUGAUGGAGCAGCUGAAGAAGCACCAGGAAGAGCAAGAGAAGAUGUUGCAGGACCGGUGCUCCAGCAGCGGUUCCCUGCCCAGCAGCACGAGCGGGAAGGAGCCUGACUCGGACCUGAACAGUGACCAGGACAAGGCAAAGGACUGCAACGGGCAAGUGGUCCCCAAGGUCGUGCUGCAGCGGUCUGCUACGAUGAUCGAGUUUGACCCAACCAAUGAGCCUGAGAAAUCGGACCACAACCACCUCACCGUGGGCAACCAAGAUGGGCCAGGCCUUGAGAAGAGAUCAGGGAGCGCCAUCAGCGUCCUUUCCAAUGCUAUGGAAGAGCUGGAGGAAGCUCACCAGAAGUGCCCGCCCUGGUGGUACAAAUUUGCCCACACAUUCCUGGUCUGGAACUGCUGUGUUCCGUGGGUGAAGCUGAAGGAGUUUGUCAAGCUGGUGGUGAUGGACCCCUUUGUGGACCUGGGCAUCACCAUCUGCAUCGUGCUCAACACUCUCUUCAUGGCCAUGGAGCACUACCCCAUGACGGAGGAGUUUGAGAACGUGCUGUCCGUGGGGAACCUGGUCUUUACAGGGAUCUUCACGGCAGAGAUGGUGCUGAAGCUCAUUGCUCUGGACCCCUACGAGUAUUUCCAGCAGGGCUGGAACAUCUUUGACAGCAUCAUCGUCACCUUGAGCCUGGUGGAGCUGGGCCUGGCCAACGUGCAAGGGCUCUCCGUGCUCCGCUCCUUCCGCUUGCUGAGGGUUUUCAAGCUGGCCAAGUCCUGGCCCACCCUCAACAUGCUCAUCAAGAUCAUCGGGAACUCGGUGGGCGCCCUGGGGAACCUCACGCUGGUGCUGGCCAUCAUCGUCUUCAUCUUCGCCGUGGUGGGGAUGCAGCUCUUUGGGAAGAGCUACAUCGAAUGCGUGUGCAAGAUCUCCCUGGACUGCACGCUGCCCCGCUGGCACAUGCACGACUUCUUCCACUCCUUCCUCAUCGUCUUCCGCAUCCUCUGCGGGGAGUGGAUCGAGACCAUGUGGGACUGCAUGGAGGUGGCCGGCCAGACCAUGUGCCUCAUCGUCUUCAUGAUGGUCAUGGUCAUCGGGAACCUCGUG